AUGACGCACCGAGUGCCCGACUGGGCCGCCACCACCACCAUCACCACCACGACGACGGAAGAGGGUGAUUCUUCUAAGAGUUUUCAAUAUGAAGAUUUUGGUCCGCUUCUUGAUUCUGUUGUCCCUCAUCAUCAUCCACAUCCCCAAACUGAAACUGAAACUGAAACUGAUCAUGAUUAUUCUGUUUGGAAUAUUAAUACUAGUGGUGCUAGUGGUGCAACUGGAGCAGCAGAAGAUCAUAAUCACAAGUGUUUUCAAGAAAUAUUUGAAGACUUGUCCAAUAUUCAGCUUGAACCAACAAUUACACCCAAUGCUAUUUUUUCAUCCGACAAACACUUUGUAUGUGAUUUCGACAAGGGAGAACUAAAAACCACCUCUCGUUUUAUGGAGACAAAAUCAGUGUCUGGAGAGGGUAUUAAGCCCAAAAGAACACGUGCUGCUGAACUACAUAAUAUGUCCGAGAGGAAGCGUAGGAAGAAAAUCCGGGGGAAGCUGGGGGCAUUGCAGCAACUUAUACCCAACUGUAACACGGGUGAUGAUGACUCUGUAGAUUAUGCUGCUGACUAG